AUGUCCUCCGCACUGUCAUUGAGCAACGGUUCUUUCACUCUGCUUGUUACAGUUGUCUCGGAGGUACCUUUUGAACGCAUUGUCUUGGAAACAGAUGCUCCCUGGUGCGAUAUCCGACCAACUCACGCUGGUUACCAAUACGUGAAGACCAAGUUUGAACGAAAGAAGCCCAACAAAUGGGACUCCAACUGUAUGGUCGCAGGCCGGAAUGAACCGUGCAAUAUUGUACAAGUGCUGGAGGUCGUGGCCGGUGUCCGUGGCGUCUCUGAGGACGAGCUGGCCGAGACGGUCUACAAAAAUACGCUCUUCGUGUUCCCACGGCUGGCCGCCUAA